AUGCCGAACCUGAAAGCGAAACGCGACGCCCAAGUGGCCCAGGUCGAAUCCGCCCUGAAAAAUUGCGCGGCGGAGCUGGUGGAAAGGGCUCUGGCCCAUUUCAAGGAGAACCCUGCUCCGAAAAGCACGCCGCGAGGGCUUCGAGAUAUUUUGGGUUCGAGUGUAGUCGCGCACGACGACCUGUGGACGACGGAAGAUGAGGAGAGGCUGCAGAAUGAUUGUGCGAGCCGAGAGGACGCAUUUGCGGCCGUCCAGGGAUCGGCGCAACUUCUCACGGCAUGGAAAUCCUGCAUCCAGUCGAUGAGGUGCUCCCCGUUGGCCAUCAUAUCGCCACGGCACAGCCUUUUCGUCCACCAAGAAGCCACGCGCGCUCGAGGCCAGAACCUCGCGACCACCGAUGGGCUCCUGUGGCCACAGAGCCUCUACACCGAGCUCGUCACCCUUGUCAGCAGUCCAAUCUGGCUCGGCGAGCCGCUGGCUCUCUCUGCUGCGAUCCAGUUCGCAGUGAUAUGCAGGACGGACGAGAGGAGGCCGUGGAGGAUGCCGUGUGUUACCUCGUGCCAGGGCAUGGAGGCACUCAAGCGCCGCGCAAUGCGACCGCUUGACGUCUCGCCCUCGGACACUCUUGAGGAAGUUUCGGUCAAUGUAGAGGAGGCCGGCAAUGGACUAUCGGUCAUGUUCCAGCUGCUUCGCUCUAUCGGCGAGUCUGUAACGUCCGGGUCGGCCCUCGGCCGCGCCGAGGGACCGGUCAAGUACGAGGUCACCGUACAGGACCUCAAGUCAAUUCGUGAAGCCAUCGACUCUCUCCAGAUAGGGUCGGCCGCCCCUGUAGUGCUGCCAACAAGUGUUAGCGAGGCGCUGGCCAAGCUUGGCCGUGCUUCCUGUCCGCCGUCCAGCGCCGAGCUGGUGGAUUUUCACAGGCGAUCAUGGUUGCACGAGCGCCGAUUGGCAACGCGAGACUCGCGGCAGCGUCAAAGAGACAGCGCUGGUAGUCGACGGCUGGGCGAGAGCCGUGGGUCGCAAGAUGAGCCGAGGGAGUUCAGCAGCGACCGAUCCGACAAUGGGCAGCUUCAGCCUAUGCUCGGGCAACCCCGUUGCCAUUGGGAGAUCGACGAAUUGUCAUCGGUGAGCAAUAGCGACAUAUUUCUUGACAAUCUUGACGAAAGCGAAGACGUCCACCAAGAUGGAGCGCAGCGCGAUGAGGAGGAAGAUGGUGCCCUGACUCGUCAGCGGCGAGCCGAACGGCGCAGGGAGCGCGAUGAGGAGGAUGAUUGA